AAAACGAUUGUGAGCCGCGACACGAUCAACGAGACCAUACGGAAUACGAUCACCACCGCACUGAUAACGAAAGGAUAUGAAAAACUAAAACCAGAACGAGAACCAGAACCAAAACCAGAACCAGAAUGCGAACUAGAACCAAAAGCAAAUCCUGACAAAGUUGCUGAACUUAAUAGAAUUAUUAAUUCUGAAAGAUGGAAAUCUUUAACUUUUGUUUUAAUUAAGGGCAUACCGGCAAACAUAAAAGUUACAGCUUUUUCUUCUACUGAAGGUAUCACUAAAAAGGCUUUCGACAUGAAAAAGUAUUGGGUUUCAAUGGUAGUAUGCGCUCUUUACGGAGAUAUGUUAAAUAAUUUUUAUUAUAUUUAUUAUGAUCAAUUUAAUAUGUAUAUGCGUCAAACUCCGGAAGCAGAACGUGCGGACCGUAAAAAAAAAAUUAUCAAAAGUUAUGUGAAAUUUAAGCCAUUAUUAACUUGUAUGGCUAGUGCAUUAAAAUAUUUUAAAUGUGACUAUAAUAAUGACAUGCUCGAUAGUUUUGAAAAUAUAUUAUCAAAUAUUCUAUUACUAGAGAAUGUCAAUAUAAAUAAAUUAAAAAAUAUUUCUGAAUGGUUUAAAAUAUCUUUCAGAGUUGAUGAUAAUAUAGUAGUAAAAACUCCAUAUAGCGUGUAUUACUAUGUUGAAAAUUUAAAGAAUCAUGUUAUAAUGCAUCUUGAUCCGAAUGACUCAGUCUUUGAAAAUAAAGUUAAUAAUGGUAUAGAAUUGUUAUGCGAAAGUUUCGGAUUUCCGAACAAAUGAUACUUUGUGAUCAACAAAUAGCAACUAUAAAUUAAAAUAGUAUGUAAUACAUAUAUUUUUAAUCUAACUAAUGUAUUUAUGAUCUAAAUACAUACUAAGAUUCAAUUUUUAGAAUUGACUCAAAAUUACUUUAUUUUAAUAUAUUAUGACUAUUUUAUGCGUUAAAUAAAUUGAAAAAUUGUGAAAAUGAUUUUAAUCUAAAGAAAAUGAUUAUAGUUACAUUUAUUUUGUGAAUUCAAAUGAUUUUAAUUAUGAAUAUAAACCUAAAAAUAUCAUAUUGUUUUCUAUACAUAGUUAAUUUAGUCA